GUUGGGACUGUCUACAUUUGUGUAUGUUCCGCCGUCGCUCGCCAUUGUGUUUACAAACAUAGCAGAACAACCGAGUGAAAACUAAAGGGAAUGCGCGUGUUCUACAAACGGCGAUGACGGGUUUGAUGGGACAGAUGACUACCAAACGCAUUGCGCUUAAAACAUUUGAAAAAAAGUGAUUUGGGAUUAUUCGUGUUUUAUUUAUGAAGCAAUGUUACAUUGUGUUGAGCUGUGAGUAUGACGUUAUGGGCUGAUUAUAUCCCGAUAUAGUCACGCAAUACUGAAAUUAAUGAAGCUCAAGGAACAUAUUUAUUUAGUUUUGUGGCUUAGCCGAUAAUUAACACAUUACGCCCAAAGGAGCCGGUCCCAUGCACUCGUCCGGUUUCGUUCAUCAACGAAACAGAUAGUUUUGUGCUCUGCGUGUCGUGUUUGCUUGUGCUUCUAAUGGAGCCGGGCCCAUCGUACGCAACUGAAGUAGGCAGCGUCCCUGACCCAAAGCAGGAGCAAAUACUUUCUAAUCUCGUUUUAAUUAAGCAUCCUUGCCUUGUUCGAGAUGGGUCCGAGAAACGAGCUAUUGCGAUGCUUGGAGGAAUAGCCCAGGUAGAACAUACGUUUAACGUUGGAAACAUGCGGAUGCAACUUAACUUCCGCACAGAAGGUGACAGUUGUUCGAAAGGUAUCUUCGGAACUCAUCGCGACAUCAUUGGCAUAUGGGCGGUCGUGCGUCGCUAUCGGAAUCGUCGCACCGGACAGGUGAUUUGCCACAGUGAGCCGCUGGGUGUGGUCCGACACGUUUAUGAGUUCGAUGGAAUGGCCGAUUUUCAGUACCUGCCUGCGAUCCUUGUUAGCCAAAGAGCUGUACUUAGUAAGGAAGGGACGUCUGCCACAAUGAGUGCGAAAAGCGAAUUAAGUCUCGGCCUUGUUCGUAAAGAAAAGGUGGACUCGUCAUCCAAUACACAGGCCAUCGCCCUGGAAAAGCCAAAGGACAACUUAAGGGAACUGCCCGACUUAAGUUCAUCUGGUAACAAUGAAACGCAGACCAGUUCUAACGAGGGCAGUACUAGACCAUUUGUUAGUGAGAGAAAGCAUAUCACUGACAUGGGAAACGGUAUCGGAAGGGAUAUACGAAAUGAGCUGGUGGAAAUUAACAUAACUGGUCUCGAAUUUGAUAGCUUCGUCAAAUCCAAUUCUGUUCCCCUGUUUAUCGUGCCGCAGGUGUUUACUCGAAUGGAUUUACCUUAUACGGGCGUGUAUAGACACGUGACAGGAACUCGGCUUCACCGCAAGGAUGAGGCUGGACUGCCUGUUUUGCGUAAGCAACGGACGAAUUAUGCCACCAUUGUGAGGCUGCUUGCGCCUCCAUUCGGCGAUAAAGUUCCCCAGCAGGCAUUGCCAGAGGCCAUUGAAUUGUUCGAGCUGGUAGACGAACAUUUACGUGCUCGAGUUGCGGAGGCCUUUCAACGUCGUCCUGUUUGGACUAAAAGCGCCUUGUCACAUGAACUCGACAUUGAUCGAGUUCACCUGAAGACGGUUAUUGUGGGACUUGCGUAUUGUGUUAACCAAGGACCAUUUCGUCUUUGCUGGGUUCGGUACGGUUUCGAUCCACGUACUGAUCCGUCUGCGAAGCCGUUCCAAACCUUGGAUUGUAGAGUGAAAGUAUCGACGAAUGUUCGUUCUGAGAGAACCGUGCAUUUUACCGCGGAAGCUGAUCCAACCACGGCUCAAGGAGGAAGCAGUUGGGAUGCACCGGCUGUUCGCGGUGGACACGUUGUCCCAGUGCAGAUAGCCCCAUCAGGUUAUCGACAUAAACGGCAUCGUAAAGAGGACAUUGACGCUCGUGAAGUUCGUGAACGGAAUACUCGAAUGCUUCGUUGUAAAUAUAUUCCGGGCCGUCUCCCACAUUCAAGACAGCUUCUCUACCACUUAUGUGAUAUCGGACUUAACAGUGUACAGGAACUCGUACACAGGAAUGACGGACAAGAAGUUUGGUCCGACCAGGAUGGUUGGUGCCUUUCAGGAACAACAAGACAUAUUCGAGACUAUUUAGCCGCCGAUAUGAAGCAAACAGUGGAACGUCAACGGGCAGAGAAAUCCCAAGACGAGGAUGAUGAUGCUUUGUUCGCUCUCGAAGACUCACAGAAAGCAAGCUGUUCUCUGGAGCAUGGCGAAUAUGGGAACGAAGGAGAAGACUUUCAAGAAGAAAUGGAAGACGACGACGAUAUGGAAGGAUUUUUCGAAACGAGCUGAUUGUUGGACGUCCGAGCUAUCUUAUUGAAGUGGUUAUUGAUUUACCGCAAAAAGACUAAUUGUAAAAUCGGGGCGUUGAUCGCCUUAGAAUAUUCUGAAUCUAUAUUUGCUACAGAUGAUAGGGCUAUUAAGAAUAAUAUACAGACAUUAAAUGUGGACUGCGGUGGAGCAUUGUUUUGUUGUUGUGUCACAAAAUUGGUUAAUUUUGCGACCGGUUAAUUUAAUUAGCUGUUGGGAAUAAAAUAUGAGCUAUGUGAAGCAAAAGGUGAGACGAGAACAGAACAGGAUGUAUAGCUGUUUGAAUAGAUUUUCUCCUUAUGCAUAAGGUAGGUGUUUAUAUAUAUAUAUAUAUAUAUAUAUAUGUGAACUUAUAUGUAGUUUAUCUAUACACUAAAUGCAUUUCGUCAGUCUAAAUUAAAUUCUGGAUACGAUUUUUUUGCAUUUGGACCAACAUGGUAUAAAUAAUAAAAAUAAUAAUCAUCAUAAUUGUUAGAAAAAAAGUUUAAAUGACACCAAAUAAUUCAGUGACUGGCUGUUAUAAAACCUUAUGCUAUUUAAUGAAUAGUCGGUAUUUUGGAUGAAGUCAUGAUAAAGAUAUUUCGCACUUUAUUUCUCGCUGUAAUGUGUUCAUACGAUUCUGUAAUGCAUAUUGUUGUUAUUGAUAAUUUUUGUUAAAAUGCUUGCUGGCUUUAAUGGCCAUACAAAUUGUCCUGUGAUAUACGCCAUCUACUCACAUAUAUACUACAUUUUAAUGCAUGUAUUGCAUCGUUUUUCUCCAUCUCUUUUAUCAUUGAAGGUGUGCAAUUCUUAAAUAGUGCAUCGUGGGUAAUUACCUCAUAGCAGUACAUGAAUAUCCUGACGCCAUCCUAAAAAUUUAUUAUUACUAGAAUUUAUUUAGACUGUUCAGCUUACACAUUUGAGCGAAACACGCGAAAAAAACGGUGCACAGACGAGCAAUUUCAAGGUGAUGUAUACAGUUCGUUCUGUAUGACGAAUCCUUUGAAUCAAACUCUACUCUAAAUGGUAGUCGAACUUUUUUUAGCAACGUAAGUAGUAUUUGACUACGAGACAAAUUGUUCGUCAUUCCUAUCUCCUGCUUAUUUUUUGAAAUCUCGUUCUCCCCUCGCUCUCUCUCUCUCUCUCUCUCUCUCUCUCUCUCUCUCGCUCUCUUUAGAUACAUAUAAUGCUAAGUCUAUGUAUAUGGAUUUAGCAUUAGAUUUAACCCGUUGACACGAGUAGACCAGUUUAAAGUUCAUAUCAGCCUCCGCUAGCUUACCAGUGAAACAUACCGUUGUUUCGCCUUCCCCAUGCUUUUAGCUGGCAUACAAGUUGUUUCAAGCAUUUUAUUCAAUUUCUUCGGACUAACGUAGAUUCAUGUCACUGACUGACCUAUAUGGAUUAGCCAUUUGUUUGACACAGUGACGCGGAUGUGCGUAGCCAAAACAAGUGAUCAUCAUUUUUCAUGUUUCAAAUAUAGGUAUUAAUGUCAGUCAUUUUCAGUUUCAGCCGUAGUCUUCGUUAUAUAUGUGUGUCACGAAUAUAUCACGGAUACAAUGUUCCACAUCAUGACCGUAGAACUGAAUGCUAUUUAAUCAUUAUAUUAUGUAAGACGCGCCCGUAUAAACGGAUGAUUAAAAUAGCUGACGGAUUGUUGAUUGUUGGCGAAAUGGAGCGGAUUAGCUUUUGACGAUGGACGGUACUAUGGCGCCUCCUUCGGACUAUCCCUUCGAUUUUUAUUCUAGCGGAAACAAAAAAGCCCCAAAAGAAUCUUCAUCAUUAAUCACUAUCGGUCAUUUUAAGUAGUUCACAAAUUAUAGCCAUCACAUCAGCUUAAACUGCAAUUAUAUGGAUGAUGUGCUUCUUAUCCGAAGAGUACUUAAUCCACACUUAUGUAAGCAAACACACAAGUUAGGCAUCCCCUUCUCCUGCCAAAUAUUGACUUGCUGCACCCACAGUACGCAACAAUGUGUGCAUAUUUAGUUAACAUAGCGGCAGUUUUUAAUAAUUGAAUGAAUUAACUAACGUGAAAUGCUGGAUAAAUAAGAUAAGUAUUACUGAUAG